GAUUGGGGUGAACCCUCGCCCAUCGUGCAGUAUAACGAAGCGCAGAAAUUACCGUUUCUUAAGGCUUGUUAUCAACACUUAGGUCUUCAUCGCAUUCCACAGAUCUUCGGCGAGGAUCGCAACAGCUUCACCCCGAACCGCUGGCUUCAAACGGAGACGAGUUAUGCCAAAUCAUUUCCGAUCCACUGGAAAUAUGGGUACAAUGAAUGCCCCAGGGGCAACCUUGCUCAAUUUGAGCGACUCCAACUAAUGGCAACCCUGAUGAGGGAUUACGAUAUUGAGAAAAUUGAUGUUAGAAAGGAGUAG